ACUUGACCCAGCCAAUAGAAACAGUGUUUGUUCGCUGGAGUCUGUCAAUAUGGCGGAUUACUGAGUUUUGCAGGAAGAGACUAUGAGUAAAUAAACACUGUCUUGAAAUCAUUUUUAAAUACCAGAUUCUAAAUGAGUAAAAGGAUAACGCACAGCAAGCAGAAAAUGUCAAACGACGGUAGCAAAAAGCAAUUCUGGAAGAGGAACGCUUCAAAAGUCCCCGGGAGCAUUCAACAUGUGUAUGGAGCACAACAUCCACCUUUUGAUCCCCUUCUCCAUGCAAAUUUAAUGAAAACCGGAAACAUGCCACAUACAACACCAGUGAAACCAAAGAAAGCAACAACUUUUCAGGAGUUUGAAAGCAUUACAAGUGAUGCAUGGGAUGUUGGAGAAGAUGACGACGAACUUUUAGCAAUGGCAGCCGAGAACUUAAAUAUAGAAGUUGUUAUGGAAACAGCCAAUAAAGUAAUUGAGAACCACAGCAAGUUGCAUGAACAGAAACAGCAAGAAGAGCAUUUUGAAGAAGAAGAAGAGGAGGAGGAGGAGGAGGAGGAGGAGAAAAAGGAGGAGAAGGAGAAGGAGGAUAGGGACGAAGAAGAAGUAGUAGUAGUAACGCAGUCCGCUUCAGGGUCUUACAGUGAAAACAGAAUGGUGAAGUCCUUCAGUGAGGCUCACAUUGCAGCAUCAAAAGAGGGUGUAAUGCUCCAAAGGCAACAGUCUCUCCCACAUCGGCCGGUAAUACCUUUAGUAGCAAGAAUGGCUGAUCAGAACACAUCCGGUUCUCCGGUAAUGACAGAAAGAGAAGCCUCCCGCUUAGACAAAUUUAAACAGCUGCUGGCAGGCCCCAACACUGACCUCGAAGAGUUGCGGAAAUUAAGCUGGUCUGGGAUUCCAAGACAAGUUCGACCAAUAACAUGGAAACUUCUUUCCGGUUAUCUUCCUGCAAAUGUGGAACGAAGAGAAAGCACUCUGCAGAGAAAACGACAAGAAUAUUUUGGUUUCAUUGAACAAUACUAUGACUCUAGAAAUGACGAACACCAUCAGGAUACAUACAGACAGAUUCACAUAGAUAUUCCCCGUAUGAGCCCUGAGAGUUUAAUACUACAACCAAAAGUUACAGAGAUUCACAUUGACAUUCCAAGAACUAAUCCUCUUAUUCCUCUCUUUCAACAAGCUUCUGUGCAAGAGAUCUUUGAACGUAUUCUCUUCAUAUGGGCAAUACGGCAUCCAGCCAGCGGAUAUGUGCAAGGCAUAAACGACCUAGUUACUCCUUUCUUUGUUGUCUAUGUUUUUGAAUAUAUCGAGGAAGAGGUGGAAAAUUUUGAUGUUUCCAGUCUGCCUGAAGAAGUGCUGCGGAACAUUGAAGCUGACAGUUUCUGGUGCAUGAGCAAGUUGCUUGAUGGCAUUCAGGACAACUACACCUUCGCCCAGCCUGGAAUUCAGAGGAAAGUGAAAGCUUUGGAAGAACUUGUUAGUCGGAUCGAUGAACACAUCCACAGGCAUUUACAACAGUAUGAGGUGGAGUACCUGCAGUUUGCCUUCCGCUGGAUGAAUAAUCUGUUGAUGAGAGAACUUCCUUUGAGGUGCACCAUUAGGCUUUGGGACACGUAUCAGGCUGAGCCAGAGGGGUUUUCUCACUUCCACUUGUACGUGUGUGCUGCCUUCCUUGUCAAAUGGAGGAAAGAAAUUUUAGAGGAAAAGGAUUUUCAAGGGCUCAUGAUCCUGUUGCAGAAUUUACCAACAAUGCACUGGGGAAAUGAAGAAAUCAGCGUUCUCCUAGCAGAAGCCUAUAGAUUAAAAUAUGCAUUUGCAGAUGCACCGAAUCAUUAUAAAAGAUGAGGCUUAUUUUAAAUUGUUGGAAGAAUUACUGAAUUAAUAGCUUCUAUUUUCCAUUUUUCUAGUUUAACCCAACUUCACAGUUAUAACAAUAUUACAGUAUGCUUAUUGGACAGUUCAUAAUAUAAUGAUAUGGUUUUCUUUGAUAUUACAAAUGUGUGCCCUCCAAUAUCAUAUCCUCCUUGUUCAUCUUAGCCUAUCCUGCUUAUAAACUGGUAGUUUAAUGUGAAAAGAAGUGACUAAAAAAUUCAACCACAUAAUUGAAGAUUUAACAUGAUUGGAUAUCCUGGCCCUACAUGCAAAAGCGUUUGUUGGAAAAAAAAAAAUCUUCUUGCUAUUUAUUAGUCAUUUAGGUGUAUUAUAUGACAGGGAGAAGUGCAUUGCAAUUCAAAACCCAUCGCAUGCUUACUUACGAAGAUUUGCUGUUCUGCUGUGGGUUGAAGUAGUGCACUGCUCCCAAUCCAUACAACCAAUGUAUACCACAUGCUAAGUGCUGACUGAGGGGGAACAGUUUACCACAGGAUUUACAACACCACACAUAUUACUCCAAGCUUUCAAGAGAACUGCACGAUAUGCUUCAAGAAAUGUCCAGUCUAAGAUCAGUCACAUUCAUUAACGGAUCUUCUUUCGUCACAUGCUAUAUGAGUUGGUAAGUGUGAAAGUAGUGUAUGCUCAAUGGGCGGUAAUCUAAUCUUCUGCAGUCAAUAAUUUUUCCUUCUCCACAAAACCAGUAAAGGAUCUUUGUAACACUUUAUAGCAAAGGACUACCUCAGGAGAUGUCAGGUUUAAUUCUACACCAUUCUGCUGAAUGUAAUCCUCAUGGUGGAAUAUCUCAUGAACAUGCAGAUGAGAAAUAGCGAUAAAAUAGCAAUGUUAACUCCACACAUCAUAGUGUUUAACUUGUGUUGAAUUCUUAAAUAUGCCUUAAUUUCAGUGAAGGAUUAUGAGAUGGGAAUCAUUAAAAAAAAACUGUUUGUUAUACAGUAAAUGGUACAAUGUAUGCAUAGAUAUUCUCUUAGUUAGAAAUUAUUAUAUUUAUAUAUUUUUUUGAAAACUCAUGUUCUACAAGCAAGUUCAAAUUUUACAG